CCAAAACAGUACCUGCACCAUGUCCGCAUCGAGAUAACUUCUUUUUGUGUGUGUGCAGUUCAGUGUCAACCUUGUGUCGCAAAACGGAGUGUAAUUAUUCUCCACCGACAUGACCACCGUUCAGUUCAUGGUGAUAAAAGCCCGAGAAAACAGAUAAUUCGCUUUAAUUACAUACAUGAAUUCCCCAUUAGUUUUGUACUUUGCAUUGUGUGUCUUAUUAGUCAUGUCGCAAAAAAUCAAAUAUUGACCGAUUGAUCGAAUAUUCGGUGGCGAGAGCCCGCGAUGGAUACACGAAUUUUUCUAGUGCUUACUGUACUGUUCUACUGUGUGAACACCUUGGAAGUUGUGGCGCCGUCGAUCAGCUCCAUCGUUAAUCGGAUCACAAACACGACGUUCGGGAUUGUUCGCGGAGGGAUUAGUAUUUUCUCUCGGACGGUCGAAAGGAUUAUUACGACCUUUGGACGGGUCGAAGACAGGUUGCGCGAACUUCUGGAAGAGUUCAGGAGGCAAAUUGUUAGGGGAAUCCCCGAAUUGAGUAUUCCAAUCUUGGACCCGCUUCAUGUUGAUAAGAUCGAGUUUAAUGUCGUCCACGAAGCUGCAGGCCUCAAGGGCAGCGUGGAAGACGUCACGGUCAAGCACAUCUCGAAAUUCGAGAUCGACGAUGAAAGAUUCAGCGAUUUGGGAAAUUUGCGUUUCAAGUUAGAUUUGAAUUUAACUUUUCCGUAUCUGACCAUUGACGGCUUUUACAAAUUAAACGGGAUAAUUGGGGACUCGAUUCCGGUAUUUGGCAACGGUAAAUUCUGGUUACAUUUAAUAGAUUUCAAAUUGGCCAUUUCGGCUGUAAUUAAAUUCGAUUAUCUCAAAUUAAGAUUGACGUCUUUAAAUAUUGACAUUAAACUGAGAAAAUUAGAGAACCAUUUCGAUAAUUUGAUGGACGACGAGGAAAUCGGCGAGCUUUUCAAUAAGGCCAUCUCGAAAAUGGCCCCCGAAGCGGUCGAUAUGCUGUGGCCCGACAUCAAACAGCCGGUGGAAGAACAAAUUAAGAAAUACGUAAACAGUGUCCUCGAGAACGCCACUGUUGCCAGCCUAGCCAGAAGACUGUUCAAUAUUAGAUAACUAGGCGAAAUAUUCUAAUUUAUUGUUAAUGGUUUCGUAAUAAAGUUGUUUUUACCUUGUAAA